UUUGAGCAGUUCGUUGAAAGAGAGAUGGAUUCUUUUUUAGUCUAGUUUGCCAAAUGCACACAAAAAUGGACUUACCAGCUUCAUAUUAUGGUACACUUGAUAAAAGAAACCCAGUUAUUUUAGCCUUCAAACAAGAUAUGAGCUCAUUUUACGCUCUAAUGAAACAAGUGGCUUCUUCGACCGAUAAGGACAACGGCUCUCAAGCUAAAGGGAUUAAAAUUCUCGUGGAGGUUUGGAAGAAGUAUAAACAUCGACUGCCUGCAAAGUUAUACCAGGAGCACCUGUUGCAGGUGGCAGAUUUUCUCAUUGGAAUUAAGCUGUACCAGCUGGCUCUGUGGCAGGGAUACUAUCUCCACCUGUUGCAGUUUAGCUCUGUAAAAAUAAAUGAAAUUACAGAUGUGGAACACUUUAUGGCCUGCUUCUUCCCUGAAGGUUUUGAUACAGACCAAGAUACCAUUGCCAUGAAGGUCCGUGCAAUGCUUGGCUGUGCUCUUUGUAUAUUUGAGGAGGAGAAAAAGGACAGUAUCCUCAACCAGGAGGGACUCUGUAAACUACUGCAUGUGCUGAAGUUUAUUAGGAUCAUGAUGCAGGCUUUUCAGCAACACGACCACUUCUCUUGGCAGAUAUAUAAUGGUUCAUUACACAUUUACAACAUCUGCCGUUACUUGAUGACUAUGAAGUACAGUACACAGGCAUUGGAAUACCUUUUGUGGGCAAGCAUCAGUUUAGAGAUGUCUGUCCCUCUUAUGACAGCAAAGUACCUGCCACUGAUCAUCACGCUCUACUGUGCUGUUUGUCAGUGCUACUAUGACAACCAAGCUGAAUUGCAAGCUGAGGAAUUUGCCAGGAGAGCCCUGGGAAAAAUCAGUGAGCUAGCUAAGCUGGAAGAGCAAUGUGAAGUUCCUUCCACCAGAGAGACUCGGAGAGCUUACAGAGAGGCCUCUAUUAGGCUGGGUGCCUUGAUAUUCAAGCGGGCAGUGUUUGAGACCAGAAGGAGACCCAAACACAUGUUUAGAGUCAAAACCAGAAACACCUUUAAAGACAUCCCAAAUGUGCCAUGGCCUCGAACCCAAACAGAGCGCAUGCUGACAGGACUGUUUGACUGCAGUGCAGGACAGUUCUUGGGGAUUUUAGAGGCACUUUGGGACAGCAACAUACGACCACUGGAGAUGAGGAUGCCAGAUGACACAGAGCUACAGGAGGGGGUCGUAGAACUCCUGUCUGCUGGCAUGUUUAUACUCUCUGGUGCCACAAGUACAGGUGUAGAAAAGCAUGAUAACCACCAAUGCCUGUCUCCUAAUGUGCUGACACCAACAUCAACUCUAAUAGAUUUAGCAGUUAUGGGUGAAAACAAAAUAUCCAUCAUGUCUGCAGUGAGGUUCAUCAAACUGUUGUUUCAGUACAAACAGCCAGACACUUUCAGUGAGCUCACCAAAGAGAUGCUGCACCUUUUAUCUGGUGUGGAAGGUCGGUCUUUCAGGAAGGCGGAGAAGGAGCUUGCUUUACUUCACAGUUUCAACAAUCUGUUAAUUACUCAAAAGAGUCAUCCCAGAGCGGGGAACACGGAUAAUGACAGACACUCCUUAUUCCCUAUGAGUGACGAGCUUACUGGCCUGGCAGACAUCCUGCACAUGUCUGUUUGUGGUCCUGAUCGUGAUAUGCAGCCAGAUGUGGACCUGGUUUUGGAUACUGUGUUAUUUCUGUGGAAUAAGGUGAAGGUGAUCAUGCAAAGGGAUCAACUGGGAGAUAAACAGAUGAUAGACAAGUGGAUGUGGUGUCUGUCUGUGCUGUGUGAUGUGGCCGUUAUCUGUGAAUUAGCAACAGUUGACUGCAUAAUGGUGGCUGAGAUGAUCUACACAUUGGCUGUACAACUUGAGAGAGCAGCUGAACAUUUUAAUCAAACACAAAAAACAGCAGCUUGUAAAGGAACUCAUGGUUGUAUGAAGAUGAGCUCUUUCUCUAUUCUUGAGAAAUCACAAUUGGAGCUUCUUCAGAGGGUGCGUGAGCUGGUGAAAAAGGGACUGGAAGCUUUGGCAAAGGGUGCAUCAAUGCUAAUUCCCCAAGACUGCUCAUCCAUCACUGAUUUUGCCUUUGUGCAGAAAUUUGCCCCCAUCAAUCCACCAAAUGCCUCCGUAUCUUCUCCAACAUCAUCAGAGGAAGGAGAUGAAACAAGUGUGAACAGAAAGGAAGAAAUGGAAUCUGAGUCAAAAUCAGAUUUUAAAGGAUUUCAGCACACUCAGUCAACAUCUAUGUUUUUGCUGGUCAAAGACCUCCAUUUAGAGCUGAACAUCAUCCACCACAGGGCUUCCCUCAAGUUGCUGCAGCUAAAUGCAGUUGCAGAGUCUGAACUGUUGGAUCAGAUUGAGAGGAACAAAACAUCCAAAGCUCUUUUUCUGACCCAGAAGGCCUUGCUGGAGCACAACAGUUCAGUUCAAAAUGACAACAGCAAAACCAAAAGUUUACUAGAGGAGGCCUCCAUCCUUAUAGAAAAGGCAGGGGUGGAGGAGAAAAAAAUAUAUAUGACCAUUCCUAAGACUCUGGAUAAAAAGAAGGAUGAAACAAUGAAGGGAGGAGAAGAACACCCUCCGCCUCCUCCCAUCCUACUCACACGCACUGACUACUCUUUUGCUUUUGUUCCAGCUCCAUAUAACUUGGAAAACCAGGUGUGCUGGUACCAGCUUUGUGGGCGAUUAGCUGACAGUGUCAAUAGGAAAGUUCGUCUUGGUGACUGCAGCCUGACUGGAAUAGGGAAUAUGGUACCAGCAUUUUCUGGUGAGUGUGUGCUGAAAGUAGAGGGUCUGCAGCCCAACCAGAAGUAUGUGUUUGCUGUUGCAGCUUACAACAGCCUGGGCAAGCUAUUGGGAAACACUGUAGGGGGGACAACAUUACCACUAUUGGCAUCCAUGCCAGUUCCAGUGCUUUCCACAUGGGCUCAUUUGGCUCAGGUGGCAUUUCAAACAGAACAGUAUGUCCUAGCUAAGCGAGCCUGUAGGGAGCUUUGGAGUCAUUAUACUGACCCGUACAGUGGAUCUGACACCAUACAGGAUAGCUUUGCUUCCACAAGGCUACACGAACAAACCCUACAACACUCCUCUCUGCACCUAUGCCACUUGUUCCUGACUUCCAUAUUUAUUGAGACAGAGAUCAAUAUUCAGCAGGGAUCUCUUUUUUGUGACUCAUUCAGUAACAGUGGACCAUUUAUCUGGGAACAGGAAGCCAGACUGACAGAGUGUGAGCGAAUGCUGGUGGCCAUGGACUUGGCAAUGUAUUUGAAUGAUGGUAGCUCUGCUGUGCAAGCUGUAGUUACCUGCUAUGAACUUUUGACACCUCUAAUCUUCCAUCAGAUUGUCUAUGACCCUGUGGUGCAAGUGCUGAAAAAAUGCUUGGUGGUCUUGGAGGAGAAUUCAGGUGUUCUCAAACAGAAAUGGAAUAGUAACACCUCAGAGUCACUGACGCAUAUGAUAGCCUGCAUCACUUUCUACCUUUCAAAGGCUUUACGUUCACUCAGGAAGCAUCAGAUGGCUGCUGCGAUGAUGGACUGUGGUCGCAGGCUACUUCAGGAGGUUUAUGAUGCCCAGCUGCAAAUUAGCAAACUUCUCAACCAAGCUCAGAGGGUAACAAACAGUGGAAAAACAAGUCUACAGCUAAAAGCACUGCAUGGGAAAAAUCUGAAAAAAAAUAAGUCACAAGAAGUUCUCAACAUAGACAAUGCAGAGAUUUUGCAGCCGUUGACUGACUGUAAUGAUCCAGUCUUACUGUAUGAACUGAUCUCCAGCAGCUCGUUGCAGGAUGCCUAUGAAAUUGUGAUGAAGCUCAAGCGCAAGACAUAUUUUCUUGAGUUUGCAGCACUGCUAAUCCAGAGGACGUUGGAAGAAGGCCACCCUGGCCUUGUUUUAGACUGGGGGAGGAACGUGUUUCAGUUUCUUUCCAGUCGUGAUGAGGCAAUGGGACUGGGAAAAAACAAAAGCAGGGGUAGCGCCCAAGCUCCAAAAGGAAAUGAAGCAUCCCAGCAGAACCAGAGUGCACCUUCUCAUGAUGAUACAAGAAAGAAGCUAAGGCAGAAAAUGCCACGCAGCAUGUUUCUCAAUGUGAGAACAAACAGAGAGAUGCGUGUUGCAGAAAACCUGCUGACCAUGAUGUCAUCUGUUGUGCGACGCCACAAAAAGAAGCUUCAGUUGAGAUAUGUGUGCUCUGAGGAGAGAGUGUGGCGAUCUCACCUGAAUUACUGCAUGGCUCAGGCACAUUUUGCACUGCUCUAUCAGAGUCAGGACCAGCUGCCUGGAGGACCCCUGCAGUGCAGAUACAGUCAGUUAAAUCCUUUGAGUUUCUCUCUGGCCCAUUCUGGUGUUGUGUUGUGGAGAAAUCCACAGCCAAACCACUCAUCUGAGUAUGAUGUGUCAGAGAGGGACUCCUCUCACUCUGCUCUUGGGUAUUAUGUGUUGACUCCAAACAAAGAGACAAAGAAACAGGAGGCUGUCAGAUGUGAUGACUCUGUCACUGUGGACAGUUGUGAAGAGGGACAGGACUUCUCUCAAACUGUGGAGCAACAGAUAGAGACAGAGAAGCACACUACUGCUUCACUACUGGAUGUACUUAAUAAAGCGACUUUACACCUUCAGAGAGCCAUGGUGUUGGCUCAUCGUGGCAACCACUGGACAACUCUACAGUGUGUGUGUCACACUUUGUGGGACCAAAGCUGCAGAAUUACUGUCAUGGCUCAGAGAGAUGCUCAGCUUGAAGUUCCUUCCCCCGUCACAUCAGACCAGCUACACACCAUCUUCACCCCUCUGCUGGUGUUGGCGACUGAUCUCAUCAUGGAUAUGCUAAACAAACUUCAGCUUUGGACUUUGUAUGACCAGGAUUUGACUGAGGAGGAACUAGAGUCCAGUCUCCACUUCUCAGCCCCGCUGGAUGACAGCACACUGGUGGACCUGCGCUGGGUUCGCACCUUGGUGCUGCACACUUUGGAGAGGCUCCAUGACAGUGAAAAAUGGGAAAGCCUGGCUCAUUUUGCUUUACUUUUUAACACAUACUCACGGGAACGUUAUGCCUUGAUCAUAGCUCCUCUGUUGGUCCAUGCUCAGAGAAGGUUGCUUGAAAGAAUUAGAUCUUUUGGAGGACCUACAGUCCCACAACCACAUCAUGUCAAGACACAGAAGGCCACAGGGAAGGAGAUUACUUACAGAGGUUAUGCAGGCUCCCAGCUGCUGAGUGGGUGGACCCCUCAGCCUGCACAGCAGCCCUCCCACAAAAAAGCAGCAUGCUCCAGAGACACAGUUUCACUGAAAGGUGCAGAGAUACAGCGCUCUAUGUCACUAGUGUGUGUUCCUCUUGAUGUCAAAGACACACUGAACUGUUAUCGUCAAGCUCUUGAUAAAAGACCACUUUGUCUUCAAGUUCUUCAGCAUAGUCGCUCAUUACUGGUGCUGGUUCUGGCAUACACACAGCCUUUCUAUGUGAAACAGCUGCAUUGCUGUCAAGGCAGAGGUGUCAGCCAUUCAGCAAGCCAGGUAAAAUUCAGUCCCAUUGUUACAACCAAUCCAAAUGUCCUACCUUGUGACCUGUCUGAGGAGGAUUUUAGUGGCCCGAGUGCCAUCUAUGGCUUCCCUGUCAACCCUGAUGGCAUACCAUCUGUCACUGCUGCAUACUCAAACUCUAUCAAGUAUCUCCAGGCUAACGGUCAUAAAUCCCUGAGGGUUCUGGCCCUUCAUGAAAUGGGAAAUCUCCAAUUUUACACUGGAAAAACACGGGCAGCACACUCUUGUUGGUGCAAAGCUGUAGACUGUGCUAUCCAGAGCUCAGGUGUUGUGGAGAAAUGGGAUGGCUUGACAUUUGGAUGUGGCUCCUCACAAGAAACUGUAAAACAAGCCGGGAUUUGGGGAUGUCUACAGGCUGCUGUGCUCACUGCAAAGAUAGCACAGUUCAUCUUAACUUCUGAUAUCAGCCAGCGGACCAAGUGCUCUCUGCUGUCUGCCCACCUCUUUAGGUGUGUGCUGCAUUGCUCCGUGGUUCAGCCCCAAGUUGACGUCCUUUAUGCCACUCACAGCAUUGGUGAUGAACUGUUCCCUGGAGUUGACCUUUUUUCUGAGCCCCAUAGGGUCCCCCUUGACACCACUGUAACAAGUCUUUACUUCAUCUGCCACUGGCUCUUCACCACAGGCUACUACAUCACGCUUCUGCCCAUGUUAGCCCUUUACCUCCAUUUUGUGGGUCCUGUAUGCAGAGAUGUACAACGCACAGUUGAAGGCAAAAUUCUUAAGGUACGUGCUCUUACUGAACUGCGUAUGUUCACUGAAGCUCUGAUGGAAGUAUUUCAGCUCACACAAGGAGCAGGUGUCUUUCUGCCUUAUGGACAAUUCAUCACCAAAACAAAUCUCCAUCCUGGGAAGACAUUCUGCAGCAACAAGUCACUACUGGAUAAUGUGGAGGUUUUGGAAGACCUUGUGAACUGUGACUUUGCUCCAGAAAUCAGCACCUUGUAUGGUCCCACACUUUGUGCCAGAUUCAACCUUGCUCGUAUUCAGCUAGUCCUAGCAUUUGCUAGCUCCAUACGUGGAUGUCCUCUCUCAGAUUCUAAAGAAGCUUGUGUUAACAUGACAAGCUGUUUGGUGACCUCACCAAACCACAAACUGGAUGGAUUGCAUGCUGAGUGGUCCUUCCAAAAGGAGCCAAUUCUCACUCUUUGUAAUAAGAAAGAGAAUCUAACUCCAGAAAGGUUAAAGUUUCUUUUACUGGAGGGAGCAUCUUCUCUAUUGUGCUCCAUAAUACAGCAACUCACAUCUCAAUUCUGUAGCGAAGUGGAGAACCUGGAAUUGACAAUAGAAUCCAAUCUUCUUAAAGCCAACCUCCACCUGCAGCAAGGACAUGCUUCUAUUAGCUCUGAGAUUGCAGCCUCAUCUUUGCUGCUGCUGCAAACAUCACCUGUCAUUCAGAAAGAAUAUAAGCCUGACAGUGAACAGGAUACUAAAGAUUGCAGUGUUUCAAACACACCACUUGGAGACUAUCCCAGAGCUGUUGAAGCCGGUCAGAGAAUUGGCGUUUGUCUGUGGCUGCGUUGCCGUUUGACUCUGAUGCGCAGCCUGAAUGCCAAUAUCUCUGCUACUGCUGCCGUAUUCCCAGGCAAUAACAUUAAUAAGGAAACAGCUAGAGUGCUACAGGAGGGUCUUGAUGAAUGUGUACGAUGGGGAGACCUUAAUAUUCAAGCCCUGUUGAUGGUGGAGGGUGCAGAAUUUGAAGCACGAAGAGGAAAGACAGAUGACAGCAUAGGAAUGCUGCAGGACGCAGUGAGCUUACUGUCAGGACAGACAUGCAUGCCACCAGGGUCCAUUAUGACUCUGGCUCAGGCCACUUUGAUGCUCAGUGACCUGAAAGGAGUUAUGAGCACUACACUUCAGCUUAUACAGAAACUCCUCAUAAAGCAGUUGUGUGUUUUUGGUGAAAGUGUGAUGUUGGUCGAUGGAAAAACAUGCUUCUCUCCUCCUGGACCAAACAACAUCUACCUCCCUUAUCUUGACAUACUGAGGGAGAUCACAUUACACAUGGGUUCCAUUCCUAAUUCUGGCUGUAGGGAAAGACUAAUCUCUGCCCAGUCAUCACAAUCCGCUCUGAAGAGUCCACACCAUUCCAGCCAGACCAAGACAGACUAUCAAGAAACUUUUUCCUCUGAGCAAUCUAAACACUUCUGAGUAGCCUUGCUUUCCACCAUUAAAAGAAAUCUAGCUGUAGGCUGAAGUGAUUACAGUUGCCACAGGCAAAGAAUAUUUUUUUGUUUUUCAGUUGAGUAAAAUAGAUUUUUUGGAGCAGCCUUGUGUAGUGACACAUUAUUUGAUCAGCUUAGUCCUUGAUAACCACAAUACUGUUUUAGUUUAUAGGCCAUUUAAAAGCUGUUUCAAAUAUGCUGGAACAAUUAAAUAAAAAUAAUUUGAUUUGGAAACUCUGGUUACAAUAACAGCUGAACAUUUUUAUUGUAAAGAAUGCAUCUAUUUGACAUUUUGUUUUACUAUAAGUUGGCUUGAACUGAUCCAAUAUUGAUGAUUUGCUGUAUGCCACAUAUGUAUAGGCUUUAUUUAAAAACUGACUCUCAAAUAUCAUACUCGUACACCAGUAUAUAAAUUAAGCCAACGUAAGACAGUAGGAACUGGGAAUGCAUUCAAGAUCAUCAAGAUAUCAAGCAAGCAAAUUGGUUUUAGGUGUGUUGAAGGAACCUUGGGGUGAUAUAUUAGUUCUCAGUUUGAAACUGCAGUAUGAGCAUAAAAAGCAAAAACAAAUUUG